AUGUUGAUCCAGUUUCAAGCCGUCAAAUAUUACGAUUGUCCACUAUCUCCAUUAUCCACUCAUAGACUACAUUUUUUACCAAAAAAAAUUCUCGUCUUAGACUUAGAUGAAACAUUAAUUCAUUCACAUCAUGAUGGGCUUAGUAGAGUAGUAACUGUCAAACCAACAGGUUCACCCGAUUUUAUUAUUCGGGUUGAAAUUGAGAGACAUCCGGUACGAUUUUUUGUUUACAAAAGGCCACAUGUUGACUAUUUUUUAGAAAUUGUGAGUAAAUGGUACGAACUAGUGGUAUUUACAGCAUCAAUGGAAAUCUAUGGUGCAGCUGUUGCUGAUAAAUUAGAUAACAAUCGAAAUAUACUAAAUCGAAGAUAUUAUAGACAGCAUUGUACGUUAGAGUUUGGUGCUUAUUCAAAAGAUUUAGCAGCAAUUAAUGAUGACCUAUCCCGGAUAUUUAUUUUGGAUAAUUCACCAAUUGCUUAUCGAUCAUAUCCAUUGAAUGCCAUACCAAUUAAAUCUUGGUUUUUUGAUCCAACUGAUACCUCUUUACUAAGUCUAUUACCAUUUUUAGAUGCAUUAAGAUUUUGUCGUGAUGUUCGAUCUGUUUUGGGUAUGAAUUUACAUUUACAUCAAAAUUUGUUAUUUACUGCAUCCAAUUCUUUAACAACGCAAGUUUUACCAGCACGUUAA